AUGCUGCGGCAAGUUAUUUUGCUGGUAUGGCAAGACACAAAUGAGCUUAAUAUCACAAUCUAUCCCGACUAUACAAAUAGCGACAAGUACGUCAAAACAUCGUCGUUGAAUUGGCGAUUUCCACGUUGUAGUGGGCGCUUGUCAAAUUCAAGGGGCAGUGAAAAGGAGAUCACCAUCGUGAAGCAACCAAAGGAAUGUCCUCUAGAAGUUCCAGGAAGUGGGCUGGACAAUAGCGAUACUCGAUGCGGUCUCAAUACUCCUCGCGCUAUUCGGGAGGCUGAGAUGAAAUCUAGUUUCUGGGAGUAUUUCAUUGAAAACGGUAGGAAAAAUCUUCUGCAGUAUAACCGAAAGCAGGGUACUACGGCUAAAGUAUUCAGAUGUCACACCAUAGAAGUCAAUGACCUUGAAAGCUUUAGUAUCUAUCUUAGAAAGAAGAUGUGCAACUGUUGUAUAGAUCAUAGUUUGACCACGCUCGAUAUUACGAAAUUCAAAUCCACCGACCUGGCUAUCAAACUGGGAUGGUCCUACAUAGGCUGGCAUGGGACACCCAUAAAGAACAUGCUAACAACUAAUGAGCUGAGAAAUUUUGAGGUAAAUAGUUGCCCACAUCGCAGCAAAACUAAUAACGUAUACUUCAAGGUGAACAAGGAUGCUACAGCUCAUUAA